UGUUCUGACGUCACUUGUAUCAAUCUUUUUAGCAUUUUCCUUAUCGAGUCGUUCCACAUCGUUGUUUUCACCUGCUAAAUACUAAAUACUCACAAGGAAUAUAAUGCAAUAUUUGGAGCAUGUUUUUCCCCUCUAGAUACCUAAUUACGCACAAUGCUUUGAAUUGUACCAUUUGGUUUUGCGGCUGGUUUCGAUACAGUGAUUUUUUGCGCGAGUGACUGGCUGCAGUGGAGCGGUUCAUUCAAUACAAGCGCGACACUUGGCGAUGGAGCUGAAACCAUCAGCUACAGAAGCGUAAUCUCUUACAUUGCCAAAAUUACGGGCGGAAUUAAAUACAACUCUCUGUCUCCGGCCUCUCAAAGGAGAGACAGGAGGUUCAUCAUGUCUGCAAAAGAGAGAUUAAAAGGGAAGGUGACCAAAGACAGCGUUACCUUGCUGCCUUGUUUCUAUUUCGUUGAGCUUCCCAUUCUGGCCUCCUCUGUGGUCAGCCUCUAUUUUCUGGAGCUGACAGAUGUGUUCAAACCUGUGCAGUCGGGUUACAGCUGCAAUGACCGCAGUCUGAGCAUGCCCUACAUCGAGCCGGCGCAGGAGGCCAUCCCCUUCCUCAUUCUCUUCAGUCUGGCCUUCGCUGGACCUGCAGCCACGAUAAUGAUAGGAGAGGGUAUCCUGUAUUGCUGUCUGUCCAGGAAAAAGAGUGGGGUCAAAACAGAGGCCAAUAUCAACGCAGCCGGCUGCAAUUUCAACUCGUAUAUACGGCGAGCUGUUCGGUUUGUUGGGGUCCAUGUAUUUGGCUUAUGCAUCACGGCUCUCAUCACUGACAUCAUCCAGCUGUCGACGGGUUACCACGCCCCCUACUUCCUGACAGUGUGUAAACCCAACUACACCACGCUUAACAUGACCUGUGACGACAGCUCCUUCAUCAUAGACGACAUCUGUUCUGAUGGAGCAGACCCAGCCAUCAUCAACGCUGGCAGAAAGUCCUUUCCCUCGCAGCAUGCCACUCUGGCCGCCUUCGCUGCUGUCUAUAUCUCUAUGUACUUCAACGCUACGUUGACGGAAUCCUCCAAGCUGCUGAAGCCCCUGUUGGUCUUCUCCUUCAUCAUGGGUGGCAUCAUCUGUGGGCUCACCCGCAUCAUCCAGUUCAAGAACCACGCCAUCGAUGUCUACUGUGGCUUCCUCAUCGGAGGAGGGAUUGCCGUCUACCUGGGUCUGUAUGCAGUGGGUAACUUCCAGCCCAGUGAGGACACAUCCAGACAGCAGUCCCAGCCUCCCCCGCUUCGCGUGCCCCCCAGGAGCAACACUGUGCCCAACGUCAGCCAGAGUGCCGGCCGCCACCUGCAGCCCAACAGCCUCAACAGCAUGAACAGCCUAAAUAGUGUGAGCACCGCUGACGGCCUCACCGCGGCCCACCCCGAGACCAUCCUGACCCGGGUGCCCUCCUGCCGCGAGUCCAGCUCCCUGAAUAAUCUGAAGAGGGCCAGCGCCGACUUGGAGUGCAUCACCCCGCCGAGUCCCAUGGGUAAACAGGACAGUCUGGUGACCUUUAACAGUAGCACAUUACCCAGGUCACACGGUGGCUCACUACACGAGGAGCACCGCGUCCCGCGCCGCCACGCCAGCAUCCACUCCUCCAUGGACUCCACGCGCUCCAAGCAGCUGCUGUCUCAGUGGAAGAGCAAGAACGAGAACCGCAAGCUCUCCCUGCAGGUGAUGGACAGCGGGGUGGUGGUCGGACGCCACCAUUCAACGUCCUCCUCCUCCUCGCCUCAGAGGACCAUGGAGCUGAGGUGCAGCUCUGAGCCGUCCGCCAUGGGCCUGGAGGCGGAGCUCCGUGCUCAGGGACACAUCCCCGCUCAGUACAUGAAGCUAGCAGCCAGCACUGUGCCGCUGUCCAACCACCUCCCCCACAACGGUGGCAGCAGCGGCCUGGCUGGGGGGGCCCGCGUCUCCAUCCAGUCCCGGCCAGGCUCCUCCCAGCUGGUCCACAUCCCAGAGGAGACGCAGGAGCACGUCAACAGCGGCACCUCCAGUAGGGAGGACGAAGAUGACGACGACAGGGAGGAUAACUAUGGCGGCGGUGGGAUUCCUGGCGGGGGAGGCUCGGUUCGCUCCAAGUGGCUGAAGGAGGGCGCCCCCUGCAGGACUAACAGUCUAACUAACCAGCCACGCAUCAUGCAGGUCAUCACCAUGUCCAAGCAGCAGGGUCUGCUCCAGCACGGCAGCCCCAAGAGCUCUGAGGACGGCAGCGUGGUCAGCUGCACAGGCUCCAUCCGUUACAAGGCCCUGACGGACCAGGAGCCCGGCCAGGGCAUUGUGAGGGUGGAGGCCCACCCAGAGAACAAGCCUGUGAUUAAGCCUCCGGACGGCAGUGGCUCCUGGAGGUGGAAGCCCCAGGAGCAGCGUGGCAGCAUCCGCCAGGCCUUCGAGCUCAACGACCUCAACCGCGACUCGGAGAGCUGCGACUCACUCAAGGACGGCUACGGCUCCUUCGAUGGCAGGAGAAGCCAAACGGGCACCGACACCGGCAGCGAGCAUGGCGGUGGCGGUGGGGCCGCGGGAGGCGGUCACCCCCACGUGCACCACCCUCACUACCACCACCACCACCACCCCCACCAAGGCAUCACCACCAUCCGUGUGACCCCUGUGGAGGGACUAGGAGGAGGCAGCGAGGCCACCUCUGAGACCCUCUCCAUCGCCUCCAGCAGGGAGUCCACCCUGCGGAGAAAAGGCAACAUCAUCCUGCUCCCGGAUAGAGGUCCGAGUCCGGACAACUCCAGGAACUAUUUCAAAGGGACCUCCCCCACACCAACCCCCACCCUGGGACUGGCCCAUAGAGAGUGAACAGCUGCCCCAGACAGCCGUUACCCUUACCAUUCCCCGUUACCGCUCAUGUGGUGGCCCUAUCUGUCCCCCCAUGAGUGGCCUUCCCCCCAUGAGUGGCCUUCUACACUGGAUCUAGUCUGAAGCCCACAAUAGGACCAUUGAACACAUUCAGCUACGGCUGUAUAUUAUCAAAACCAUAAUGGAUUCAGUGGUGUUAGCUGGGCUGGCUUAACUUGUCCAGUGCCAUUCUAAAGGUCAUAGUUCAUUAGCUAGCUCAGUGUGUCUAGUCCAGGAAGGCCACUCUACGGUAUACAGUGUUUCCAUUCUGCAAAAAUUGGAUUUUCUUUUUUUCAGCAGUUUAUUGUUAGACCUGGUUUGAUAGGACCGGACUAACUUUAUUGGUGUGUGUUCUUUGAGAAAAUAUAUUUUAAACAGUGAAUAAUGAAGUAAGCUUUAUGCGCCAGAUUAUUGAGUGCGAACCCUUUACACCUCUUUGUUUGGCUGAAUUCGCUGGUUUUACGCACCAGCCAAGCUUCUGGGAGAGAGCCAUGGUUUUACGCACCAGCCAAGCUUCUGGGAGAGCGACAUGGUUCUCUUUUGAUUCGAAAAUGAAACUCUAUCACACACAAUGGUCCUUUAAGAAUGCAGGAGAUGCUGGAAUAAUCGCUACAAAGUCAUUUUGCGCACACUUUUCAACCCUUAUUUCAUUACAGAAACGUUCAUCCAUUUGACAAGCACAAGUACUAACUCUUUUAAUACAAUGGCUAUAGUGGUUUGAACUUAGAAUUUUAUACUAUUUGUUAUCAACCUGCAAGAGCCUUUGAUGGCAAUGAACCGUGCAAGUUAUUUAUUAAGUUGAUGGACAUUAUGUUUUGUAGGCCUUUUCCAUAGAUGUUCUGUGCUCUUUCUCAGCAGCAUAUAAAUAUCCUUGUGUAAUGUGACCGUGAUUGGGUGUUGCACUGCAUAGCAACGCUGGAGGGGCUUUUCAUAAGAUGACUUUCAUACAUACAGUACCAUGACAAUUGUGAAAAUAAAUGUUUAUAUUUUUUUUGCUAUGUACAUAUUUAUAGUUCUCCGAUUGAUCUGCCAACAAUAUUCAGAUGUCCUCAUUGGCUUAUUACUAAUUAUUGAUAGUCUAUUUUAACAAAGAUGUGUUUAUUCAAUGUUGUUGUUUUUAGAACUUUAGCGGGAUAUGAAUUGGUUUGGCAGGUGAUUUAUAACAGAGCAAUGUUUUAAGAAAUCACCAAAUAUUAUCGCUAGGGUUGCAAAAUUCCGUUAACUUUCCCCAAAUUCCCAGGUUGUCCAGAAAUCCUGGUUGAAUUCCCUCAUGA